UUCCUUUUUAUUUUUUGAGUUUUUGGAGCAAGGGCACUUGUGUCCCAAAGCCGAGGAAUGAAGACUGGACCCGGAGCCGGAGUGUGCGGGCUCGUGUUCCUCGCGCUCACGCUGUGGCUGAUGACGACGACGACGACGGGAGAAAUCUGUGGGCCGGGCAUCGACAUCCGCAAUGACUUCCAGCAGCUGCGCCGCCUGGAGAACUGCACGGUCAUCGAGGGCUACCUGCACAUCCUGCUCAUCUCCAGGGGUGAUGACUACCGCAGCUACCGCUUCCCCAAGCUCACAGUCAUCACCGAGUACCUGCUGCUCUUCCGCGUGGCCGGCCUCGAGAGCCUGGGCGACCUCUUCCCCAACCUCACGGUCAUCCGAGGCUGGAAGCUCUUCUACAACUACGCGCUGGUCAUCUUCGAGAUGACCCACCUCAAGGACAUCGGCCUGCACAGCCUCCGCAACAUCACACGGGGUGCCAUCCGCAUCGAGAAGAACGCCGACCUGUGCUACCUGUCCACCGUCGACUGGUCGCUCAUCCUGGACGCCGUGUCCAACAACUACAUCGUGGGCAACAAGCCCCCCAAGGAAUGCGGGGACCUGUGCCCCCGCUCGGCCGAGGAGAAGCCGCUGUGUGAGAAGACGAGCAUCAACAACGAGUACAACUACCGCUGCUGGACACCCACCAGCUGCCAGAAAACUUGUCCAAGCUCAUGCGGAAAGCGGGCUUGCACGAAGGACGAUCAGUGCUGUCACCCCGAGUGCCUGGGAGGCUGCAGCGCCCCGGACAAUGACACAGCCUGCGUGGCCUGCCGUCACUACUACUUCUUGGGCACGUGUGUGACCCAGUGCCCGCAAAACACCUACCGCUUCGAGGGCUGGCGCUGCGUGGACCGUGACUUCUGUGCCAGCAUCCCCAAUGCUGAUGGUGGCGAGACAGAGGGCUUUGUCGUCCACGAAGGGGAGUGCAUGCAGGAAUGUCCCUCAGGCUUCAUCCGCAACAGCACCCAGAGCAUGUUCUGCGUGCCGUGUGAGGGCCCGUGCCCCAAGGUAUGUGAGGAAGACAAGAAGACAAAAACCAUCGACUCUGUCACUUCUGCACAGAUGCUGCAAGGAUGCACCAUUUUCAAGGGAAACCUCCUUAUCAACAUUCGCAGGGGCAAUAACAUCGCCUCCGAGUUAGAGAACUUCAUGGGCCUCAUCGAAGUGGUGACGGGCUACAUCAAGAUCCGCCACUCUCACGCCCUUGUCUCGCUGUCCUUCCUGAAGAACCUUCGUCAGAUCCUGGGAGAGGAACAGCUGGAGGGGAAUUACUCCUUCUACGUGCUCGAUAACCAGAACCUGCAGCAGCUGUGGGACUGGGAGCACCGCAACCUGAGCAUCAAAGCUGGGAAGAUGUACUUUGCCUUCAACCCCAAGCUCUGCGUGUCCGAGAUCUACCGCAUGGAGGAGGUGACCGGCACCAAAGGCCGUCAGAGCAAAGGCGACAUCAACACCAGGAACAAUGGGGAGAGGGCCUCCUGUGAGAGCGACACCCUGCACUUCACCUCCACCAACACCUGGAAGAACCACAUCAUCAUCACCUGGCACCGCUACCGCCCCCCAGACUACAGAGACCUCAUCAGCUUCACUGUCUACUACAAAGAAGCGCCUUAUAAGAACGUCACCGAGUACGACGGCCAGGACGCCUGCGGCUCCAACAGCUGGAACAUGGUGGACGUGGACCUGCCACCCAACAAGGACGUGGAGCCGGGCAUCUUGCUGCAGGGACUGAAGCCCUGGACACAGUACGCCGUGUACGUCAAGGCCGUGACCCUCACCAUGGUGGAGAACGACCACAUCCGGGGAGCCAAGAGCGAGAUCUUGUACAUCCGCACCAACGCAUCAGUGCCCUCCAUUCCCUUGGACAUCCUGUCAGCCUCCAACUCGUCCUCUCAGCUCAUCGUCAAGUGGAACCCGCCCUCGCUGCCCAAUGGCAACCUCACCUACUACCUCGUGCGCUGGCAGCGACAGCCACAAGACAGCUACCUGUUCCGCCACAACUACUGCUCCAAAGGCCGGGCAGACAAAAUCCCCAUCCGGAAGUACUCGGACGGCACCAUCGACAUUGAAGAGGUGACGGAGAACCCCAAACCCGAGGUGUGUGGCGGGGAGAAGGGGCCCUGCUGCGCCUGCCCCAAGACGGAGUCGGAGAAGCAGGCAGAGAAGGAGGAGGCUGAGUACCGCAAAGUCUUUGAGAACUUUCUGCACAACUCCAUCUUCGUGCCCAGACCUGAGCGGAAACGCAGGGACGUGUCUCAGGCCUCCAACUCCACGCUGCCUGUCCGGGCCCGGAACAACACAGGGGACCCCUACGGCAACACCUCCGACUCCGAUGAGUUUGAGACAGAGUUCCCCUUUUUCGAGACUCGGGUGGACGGCAAGGAGCGGACGGUCAUCUCAAACCUGCAGCCGUUCACCCUCUACCGCAUUGACAUCCACAGCUGCAACCAUGAGGCUGAGAAGCUGGGCUGCAGCGCCUCCAACUUCGUCUUUGCCAGGACCAUGCCGGCAGAGGGGGCCGACGACAUUCCUGGCCAGGUGACCUGGGAGGGACGGCCUGAGAACUCCGUCUUCCUGAAGUGGAAGGAGCCUGAGAACCCCAAUGGGCUGAUCCUGAUGUAUGAGAUCAAGUACGGCUCCCAGAUGGAGGACCAGCGUGAGUGUGUGUCCCGGCAGGAGUACCGAAAACUUGGAGGGGCCAGACUGAGCCGUCUCAGCCCAGGCAACUACACUGCCCGCAUCCAGGCCACGUCCCUCUCGGGCAAUGGCUCUUGGACAGAGCCUGUGCACUUCUAUGUCCCCACCAAAAAGACGUACGAGAAUUUCUUCCAGCUGAUGAUCGCGUUGCCUGUGGCUGCCCUGCUGAUCGUGGGGGGCGUGGUGAUAAUGUAUGUCUUCCACAGGAAGCGGAGCCGGCUAGGGAAUGGGGUGCUAUACGCGUCUGUGAACCCAGAAUACUUCAGUGCUGCGGAUGUGUACGUUCCGGAUGAGUGGGAGGUGGCCCGAGAGAAGAUCACCAUGAGCCGGGAGCUGGGCCAGGGUUCCUUCGGGAUGGUCUAUGAGGGCGUGGCUAAGGGCGUGGUCAAGGACGAGCCCGAAACACGCGUGGCUGUGAAGACUGUCAACGAGGCGGCGAGCAUGCGAGAGCGGAUCGAGUUCCUCAAUGAGGCGUCCGUCAUGAAGGAGUUCAACUGUCACCACGUGGUACGGCUGCUGGGUGUGGUGUCCCAAGGCCAGCCCACGCUGGUCAUCAUGGAGCUCAUGACCCGAGGUGACCUCAAAAGCUACCUGCGUUCCCUUCGACCAGAAAUGGAGAACAACCCGGCAAUUGCCCCCCCCAGCCUGAGCAAGAUGAUUCAGAUGGCAGGCGAGAUCGCCGACGGCAUGGCAUACCUCAACGCCAACAAGUUUGUCCACCGUGACCUGGCCGCACGCAACUGCAUGGUGGCUGAGGACUUCACUGUCAAAAUUGGGGAUUUCGGCAUGACCAGAGACAUCUACGAGACGGACUAUUACCGCAAAGGAGGGAAGGGGCUGCUGCCCGUGCGCUGGAUGUCCCCCGAGUCGCUCAAAGACGGCGUCUUCACCACACACUCUGAUGUCUGGUCCUUCGGGGUGGUCCUCUGGGAGAUCGCCACUCUGGCUGAGCAACCCUACCAGGGCCUGUCCAACGAGCAGGUGUUGCGUUUUGUCAUGGAGGGUGGCCUCUUGGACAAGCCGGACAACUGCCCCGACAUGCUGUUCGAGCUGAUGCGUGUGUGCUGGCAGUACAACCCCAAGAUGCGGCCCUCGUUCCUGGAGAUCAUCGGCAGCAUCAAGGACGAGCUGGAGCCCGGCUUCCGCGAGGUGUCCUUCUACCACAGCGACGAGAACAAGCCCCCCGAGCCUGAGCCCGAGGAACCCGACAUGGAGCCCGAGAACAUGGAAAGCGUCCCCCUGGACCCCGCUGCUGCCGCCGCCGCCACCUCGGCCUCUUCCUUGCCGCUGCCUGAGCGCCCCUCGUCGGGGCUCAAGCCAGACAACAGCCCGGGUGGUUCGGGGGCGCUGCGGCUCCGAGCCAGCUUCGACGAGCGACAGCCGUACGCACACAUGAAUGGGCGCAAGGACGAGCGGGCGCUGCCCCUGCCCCAGUCCUCCACCUGCUGAGGUGGCCGCGGCAGGGCCGAGCUGGGUGCUGCCCUGUCCCGUCCUCCACCGGCUGGGCAGGGCAGGGCACUGCUGGCUGCCACCUCCCCCCUUCCCCAGCCUCCUGUACCUCAGUGGAUCUCUGGGGCAUCAGACUUGAGAUGUUCCUUUGCUCAAUAUGCAACUUUUUUUAUUUCCUGCCCAAACCCUUAACUGAUUCGGGCCUUCACAACUUGCUAAAGAACACGCGAAUCCAGUCUCUCUCUCUCUCUCUCUCUCUCUCUCUCUCUCUCUCUCUCUCUCUCUCUCUCUCUCUCUCUCUCUCUCUGUCUCUCUCUCUCUCCCUCUCCCUCUCCCUCUCCCUCUCCCCCCCCCUCUCUCUUUCUCUUUCUCUCUCUUUCUCUCUCUGUCUAGCUCUGUCUGUCUGUGUCUCUCUCUGCUCUGGAAGGGAGAGACCCUCGCCGGCCAGCCCUGUGGGACCCCCUCUGAUCAGAUCAAAGACGUUGCUGGCCUUUCCCUCUCCACCCCCCCCCAGACACCGCCCUGUCACCACCUUUCCAAAAGCCACACCAAGGCAGGGACUUUCUUCCCCCUUCACCUUCGCUUCCCCAGGUGGCCCCCACACUCAGACUCCUGACAUCCAUCUUCCUCUCAGGCUCUGCCUCCCCUAGCUUGUCUGCAGGUCCUGGGCACGGUUGGGGGCAAGUAGCAGGGCACCCAGAUGGGUCCAAAUGGCCCCCAGCCCCUGACCCACCUCUCCUAUACACUGGACCCUUCAGAUGUCUGGGGGAUGUGGGCAGAGCAGGGGCACUCCCAACCCCGUGGAGAGCCAGGAAGACAGGCCAUGGGAAGUCAGAGCCCAGCACUGGGAGACCCAGAGGAAAUGGGGAAAGUGUUCCCAUGUGCCACCGGUGAGGAAGAACAGGAAGCCCUCAGCACCCCCGUCUUUCCUCAGCAUCUUCUCUGUCCCCCGAAUUCUGUCGUGGGUCUCUCUGCUCUGAGACUCGGGCAUCUGCAAUGCCUUCAGCGUCACUUUUAUAACUUUUUUACGGUUCAGAUACUCAUCUAUACAUCUGUACAGAAAAAGAAAAAAAAGCUAUUUUUUGGGGGGGUCUUUAUCUUUGUGGAUUCUAUCUAUGAAGACUUUUCAGUCUGUCCCACGCCCUCUCCACUCGCCUAGAAACUCCUCACUGCCUGUUCCUUCCCCAGCCCCAUUUUUGCCUUUCUUUCCUCCUGUGCCCCAACCCCCAGGGUUCUGGGGCUAGGGAAGGCAGAGUGACCCUCGCCCCUCUUUUCUUGGCCUGCCCUCACCUAGGUGUCAAGUCACUUACAGAAAGAGACGUGGUCGAAGCUCAGGUCAGAAAAAUUAUUCUCCAACCUGGUCCAGUGUCUGGAGCCCACCUGCCUGGCCUCUGGUCACAAAAAUGAUUUUUUCCAGCCCUUGGUGGCUUUGACACCUGGUGGCUGCUCGUGGGUGGGGAUUUCUCCCAUUUUCAUCCGUCCCCUCCCCUGAAAAGCAGCACCAAGUCUGGUAUAUAGGCGUGUGGGGUCCUGGGUAGGGGAUGAUCCAGCCCCUUCCCCAGUCCAGGGACACUCCCCAUCUCUGGAGGGAGCCCCCAGGGACCGACCCCUACACGCAUUCCCUGCACCCCAGAUCUUGGGACUGUUCCACCACUUCUUUACCUUUCCCAAAGGUGGGGGGUCUUGUUAGAACUUUGACCCCCACCCUGGUUUCUCCUCUUGCCUCUGUCCCAUAGGGGGAAAACGGUAUUUGUGUGUUGGUGUGAAAAAGAUAAGCGAACCCCGAAGAGACGUCCCAGGGGGGAUCUUUCCUUUCCCACUUCCCACCUGGAAGGUCCCUGCGUUAGGGGUUUCCACACUGAGCAGGGGCGGCCGAGCCUGGGGCUCACAGUUU